AUGGAGUCGCUCCAGUCGGGUUACAAGCCCAAUCUGGUGAUGAUAUUUGCCUGUCUUGGCGAAAUCCACGCCGAGCGACAUCAUAGAACGAAGCGAAAACUCGACCUCGACGAGGCGAUCUGGGCCACGAAACUUGCACUCAGCAUCUCAUCCGCGGACCAUCCCCUCACAGCCAUCCUGCUGGGUAACCUUGCGAAUGAGCUCUGGCGACGCUACCGAUCUAGCGGCUGCGAGGAUGACUUGCAACAGGCGUUGGAUUAUGGAUUUCGGGCGUUGGAAUCGGUUUCACAGGAGAGUUCCCACCAAGCGGCAGUUUUAGGCACUCUAGGAGCCAUUCGCGCCAGUCUAUACAAUUGUCGGGGUGAUUUCCGAGACCUGCAAGAGGCAAUAUCGAUUACACAAAAGUCGAUCGAUAUCGCGACCCGAUGCGCCGGAACCACUCCCAUGAUCUCCUUCAAUAACUUGGGCGCAUACCUGUGGACACAAUACUGUCUUGCUAGCCAGGGAGAUGACAUGGAUAACUCCGUUGUGUCAUUUGCCAAGGCUCUCGAAUGUGCGACAAACGAGACCGUCGAUCGGGUGACUUGUCUGAUCAACUCCGCCCAUGUUCUGACGCAGCGAUACCACCGCACCGGACAACUGCAGGACUUAGGAUGCGCUUUGGAGAAUGCUAAGGAGGCCAUGCGUCUCGAUCCCCAAAACAAUGAUUUGGCGACUUUGCUAAAAUGUCUGGACCGUUUCCUCGACCGCCGUCGAGAGUCUACAUCCUCGCUGCACUGGUUUCAAAGCCGCGGGCAUGCAAAUACUAAUCGCAAGUUAUGGACGCCUCUGAUAUUGUUGGGUGUUUUCAUAUUCAUUGUCACAAUGUAUGCGUACCAUCUAAGAACAGAAAUUUUGCUCUCUAUAGUCGCUUUCCCGAUUGGGAUUAUCUACCAUUGGAUGGCCAGUGCGAGACCUACUACUGCACAAGAGGAAAAGUCUACGCAAGAUUAUUAUACACCGAUUCUGUCAAUGAGAGGACUUCUCAAUUCUCGGGGCCGAUCACACCAAUAUACCCCCAAGCUAUUAGCAGUUCCAUUAAUGCCGGUGCCGUUUGCUUCAUCACUGCGGGAUAUCCACGCUCCAGAUUUUUCUGCAUACGCGUCUUCGUUGUACCAUCAGCGACGGCAAUCAUUACAAUCAGUAAAGUCCGAACGAAAGGUCAGAAGCCGAUCGCCUGCCGGUUAUCGUCGGGACGGGGAUGAAAGGGUGUUUGAGGGCAGGCACAGUGGCCACCGGCGUGCGUCUUCUUCUCGGAUCCAUCAAGGAACACCGACCAUGGGCAAUGUGACGCCGAGUGGUUUUGUGAGUCCUAGAUCUCAGAACAAUUCUUCACCCUCGACUUUGCGAAAUGUAAGGCCGCAAGUCGAAAUUGAGCUUUCGCGGAAUGUGAUGGGCCUCAGCCGCAGACAGGGAGAGGCUUAUGUUAGAGACAGCAAUAUGCAACGUUCCGUCGGUACUGAUUCUGGGUAUGGAUCAUCCAGCGCUCGACAUGAAAGGGCCAGGGAUGUCGAACACAACGAUGAAAACCACGGUAUUUUAUUAUCUGAUGAGCAGCAUCAUGAUUCCAACGCCUCGCACAGCAGCGCCAAACCCGUUGAACACGUUUCAUCUCCCCUCAUUCCAUCACAGAAGCUCUGGGCUGCGCUAGCAAGCCAAUACUCGGAGCACAGAAUAUGGGAAGAAGGAGUGUCAUCCCCGGAGGAAGAAGAAAAGGAGCAGAUAUCGCUCAUUCGCCAAGGACAUACAAAUCUCAAAAUGGAAAAGAAUAGUGGACUCGCCAUGGGCAAUGUAACCAGCACGCGAGCGGAAGUUGUUGGAUACGACAAUUCCAGAGAACCACAGUCCCAGCAUCAAUAUCUGUAUCACGAGGAAUUUUCAAUGAUGGACAGAGCUGACGGUGUCCAGAGUCAGAUCUCCUCACAAAAGGAGGAAGUGCAGGUUGUUUCUAUGCCAGAAGUCGCCCAGAACACUGUGUCUGCUGAAGCCUUCGUUCGUAAUAUAGAAUUACGAGUGCACGCACCCCUCACAUCUAUUGAUGAGAAUAUGGUGCGUAGUCAGGUUCCUCGGAUUGUAGAAGUGCAGGAUGAGGAUCCUGAAAUCGAGGCGGAGGAUUUCAACAUCGAUUUGGUGGACCAGUUGGCGAGAGAGUAUCUAGAAAGCUCUACCUUGUAA